AUGGAUGAGGAUAUUGCCAAAAGUAGUGCCUAUGCUGAGCAGGAAUUGGUUGGUGGUUCAAGUAAAAAACAAAAUUGGAAAGGAUUAAGUAUUGCAUUUAUUGUUAUUGCCUUUGUUUGUUCAUUGAUUCUUGGAGCAAUCGUGUUAACAAAUAAGCAAGAAAUUCCAUAUAGAAAACCAUACCUUACAAUUACUGAACAAGAUAUAUUUAAAAUUAAACCACCUAAACCUUGGAAUGGUACAUGGAUAUCUAAUAAAUAUUUUUCAUAUUUGAAUACAAAUAAUUCAAUAUGGAUUUAUAAUUGUGAUACACUGACAAAUAAAUUAUUAUUUAAAACAGAUUUUAUACAGCAGGAAUAUAUUGAUCAUGGAAUAGUUUCACCAUUAACUCGAUAUAUUCUUGUACCAAUUAAAAAAGAAAAAAUUCGUCCGUAUUAUACGGAAUAUCAAUAUGAUAUUUAUGAGAAGACAAAAUUAAUUGCAUCAAUAAUAUCUACAGAUAAUCAGAAACUAGCCGUAUCAACUGUAGUCUAUUCUCAUUCAGAUAAUCUAUUCGCAUUUAUUCAUAAUUUUGAUAUUUAUAUAUAUAAUAUUACAAGAAAAACAAGUUAUAGAAUAACAUCAGAUGGUAAUCGAAAUACUAUUCAUAAUGGUCUUGUCGAAUGGAUUUAUGAAUAUGAAAUUUUCAAUCGAAAUAAUCUUUUAUUCUGGUCACCAACAGAUCGUUAUUUAGCUUUUAUUAAAAUAAAUCUAACAAAUGUACCUAAAAAUUAUUAUUUAAAAUAUGAUUUUAUAUCUGAAAAUGAUGACUUAUAUUCUGUACCAUAUCCGAAAUAUAAUGAUCCAAUUCCAUUACUUGAUGUUUAUAUUUUCAAUACCAGAUCGAAAAAAACUAUUCGAGUACCACGACCCAUUGAAUAUGAAAAAUUAAAAAUAUCUGAUGUAUACAUUUAUCAUAUUGUUUGGUAUCAUGACACAUAUUUUUCAAUUGUGUAUGGUAAUCGUAUACGAAAUUCAAGUGUCAUUCAACUAUAUGAAAUUGUUGCUGAUAAAAUAAUUUUGAAAUCAAAAUUUAUUGAAGAGACAGGAAAAGGAUAUUUAUUAGCACGAUUUCUAAAACCAUAUUUUUCGUUCAAUGGAACAUAUGCUUAUAUAAUACGUUUCGAUUUAUUAAAUAGCGAUAAAUCGUCGAUACAAAAAUCAUUUCCACGGGUUGUACGAAUACAUUUUAAUCAAUCUUAUCCACAAAUCAAUGCAAAAUCAUCAGAAGAUAUAAAUGCAGAUGAAAUAAUUCAUGUUGAUAAUUUCAAUCGAGUUUAUUUCACUGGAUCAUAUCAAAAUGAUACUUUAGAAAAACAACUUUAUCGAUGGACAUGUACAGAUAAUAAUACAGAUAUUGAAUGUUUAUCCUGUAAUGAUUCAUGUGGAUAUGCUAAUGCUCAAUUUAGUCUGGGGAAAGGAAGUUAUCAUAUAUUAGAAUGCUUCGGACCAUCAAUUCCUUAUUCAACAUUAUAUAAUCAAACGGACAAGCUCGUACUUAUCAAUGAUAAUGAACCAUUUCGAGAAUGGACAACUGAACGAUUGAUGCCUUAUAUUGGUUAUUUUUCAGUACCAUUAGAUGACAAAAAUACAGUCGGUAAUGGUAUGAUUAUUUUACCUCCAAAUUAUACUCCGAAUAAAACAAUUGCAUCAUAUCCAGUUAUUGUAACAAUAAAUAAUCGAUUGUACGAUCAACGUGUGAAUAAAAAAUAUAUUUUACCAUUAGCCGAUUUUAUUCAAGUUAUUCAAGAUAAUAUUAGUAUUGUUUUAUUUGAUGCACAUGGUAGUACAGGACAAGAUGAAAGUUAUUUGAAAUCUAAUUUUCAAAAUUGGUUUGAACGACAACAUGAAGAUUAUCUUAAAGUUGCACAACAUUUGAAAUGGAAUGAUAAAAAAUUUAGUGAAACUUUGAAUAAUACAAGAUUCGGACUUAGAGCACAAGGUCCAGCUGCUAUUAUUGCAUUAAAACUAUUAGAAGAAAAUAAUAAAAAUAAAGAUGAAUAUAUAUGUGCAUUUCUUCAAUCACCUGUAUAUGACUUAUCGUAUUAUUAUGCAACUUUUAGCGAACAGAUUAAUGGAAUAAAUAUGGAUUUUAAAUCAUCUCAUCGAUUCAAUAUUCAAAAUAAAAGUUUAGCUAUUGUACAUGGAACAGCAGAUGAAAUUGUACAUUUUAAACAUUCAGCAACAUUAGCUAAAUCAUUCACUAAUACUGAUAUGAAUUUUGAUUUCAAAGUUUAUCCAGAUGCUAGUCAUUAUUUUGAAGAAGAUCCAAUUAUAUAUAAUGAUUUUCUUCAUUAUCAACGACAGUUUUUUCAAAAAUGUCUUGGUGGACGAACUAAUAAAGAACGAAAAAUUACCAUACCAGAAGAACAUGAAUAA